UGUUAAUUCACUGUUAAAAUAUAAUAAAGAUAAGCUGAUGUUAAUCAAUAUUUACAUUCCAUAAUUUGUUUCACUAUUUUGGACGUGCAAUGUUUUAGGUUACAACUUGAUGAUUGAGUAUUGGCAAGAUUUGGAUUAAAUGAUAUAAAAAAUGUUGAAUUUGACAUUCAUAGUUUCAUUUUUGUUUACAAUGAACAUCGCAUCAAUGAAGUCAUUCUGUCCUAAAGGUUGCAAAUGUAAAGCAUAUGGCUUUUGUUAUGAUUGUGAAAUGGGAUACAUCAAGCAGAAUGGCUCAUGUAAGAGCUGCCCAGCAAAUUGUCAGAGUUGUUCUUCGGUUGAUUAUUGUCUGCAAUGUGACACCGGAUACUAUAAACAACAAUAUCCAAAUGUUCCAGCAUGUCGUCCGUGUUCCGUAGGGUGUGCACAAUGUAAGUCGUUCAAAAUUUGUAUGAAAUGUAAUACUGGGUUUUAUAGAGAUGGUUAUGGAUGCACUAAAUGUCCGUUGCGAUGUAAAACCUGUACCUCAGAAUAUAACUGCCUAACAUGUGAUGAUGGAAUGAUAUUAAAAGGUAAUGUUUGCCAGAAAUGUCCAGAGGGUUAUUAUGAAUUCAGUUUUAUGUGUUUACCGUGUCUAAAUAAUUGUGCUUCUUGUUCUUCGAAAAAUGAAUGUGUCAAAUGUAAACAAGGGCUUUUCGGAAAGACAUGUAACCAGAGAUGCUCAUCGAGAUGUAAAGACAACGUGUGUGAGAAAAACACUGGUAACUGUGUUUGUAAGAAAAAUUAUAUGGGGAAAACCUGCAGUCAUUGCAGACCUAAUAAAAUUGGAGACAACUGUCAUCUAGACUGUCCACAACAUUGUGUGAUAUGUAAUUCAGAUCGAGGCUGUCGCGUGUGCAAUAUACCUGACUUUGGCAUAAUGUGCGACUGUGCAGAAGGUUGUAUUGACAAUAAAUGUGAUAGAUAUACUGGAGAAUGCUUACAGUGUAAACCUCAUUUCAAAUUGCCUUGUCUUAAAUGUGAAGACGGCAAAUGGGGAAAUAACUGUAAACGUAACUGCCCCAUUGGGUGUCUUUCGUGUUUAUCGGAAAGCAACUGUACAAAAUGCAAGAAUGGAUAUUAUUUCUCAAAUGGGAAAUGUUUAAACUGUCCUAUCAGUUGUCCUAAUAGUUUGUGCAAUGCAGAUAGUGGUGCUUGUAUUUCCGGAUGCAAGCUAGGUUACUGGGGAAAUUUAUGUGAGCAGUCCUGUCCAAAAUACUGUUUAAAUCCGACAUGUGAUGUUAAAAAUGGAACAUGUAGCCAUGGCUGCAAUGAUAACUUCCAAAGGUUUGGGAAGUUUUGUGAAGAAAACUGUAGCAGUACCUGCAUUGAUCGACAAUGCGAAUCGAUAACUGGGAGUUGUAAUUUAGGAUGCGAGCCGGGAUACUAUGGGGAUACAUGCAGCAAACAGUGCAGCGGUGAUUGCCAUAACCUUACAUGUCAUAGAGAAACAGGCUUGUGCUAUUUAAAUAAUGUGCUCAUGUUCCCUUCAAGCACACAACAACGGCAUGGUUCAAUUCUUCUCAUUUUAUCGCUUGUGUUUCUGAUCCUUGUCAUUAUCAUAACAGUCAUAUUAACUGUGAAAAGUCUUAGAAAGAAACAAAACCGCCAUGCAGUUGAGGUUUUAGAAGAAUCCGUUACAUAUGCAGGAGUCAGAAAUUCUGAGGAAAUAUUAUCUUGUAAAGACGAGCAGAGAAGUCAGCAAAAUGUACAACAAAUUGAAAAUAUUAAUUCAGCUAUCGCAAUCUGUACAGAAAAUAAUGGCCGUGAACAAACCGCCGAGGAAAAUGUUUAUGUAAACGUUAACGAAUAUGCAAGCAUUGAACGAAAACAAUUUCAAGGCAUCACUGAAGACAAUGAGGAUGAAAUUCGAGCUGUAGAUGACAAUGAUUUAGUUGACGACUUUCUAUACGCUAACACGGAAGAAUACUUCAAACGUAGAGUACCUGUUGAUAAAUUCAGAGAUUUCGUGAAUAACAAGACAGAACUUGAAUACAGUGAGGAAUUUAUGGACUUACCACCAGGACUCAUAAAACCUUUUAAUGAGUCACAGAAGACAGAAAAUAUUAUGAAAAACCGUUAUAAAGGGGUUUACCCAUAUGAUAACAGACGAGUAAUUGUGAAAGACAUGGAAUCAGACUACAUUAAUGCUAGCUAUAUAGACGGUUACAAACGACAAAAGGCUUAUAUAGCAUCUCUAGGACCAACAAUUAAACAAAUGGGUGAUGAUUUUGGAGUGUUCUGGAACAUGGUCUGGCAAGAAAGAGUUUGUAAAAUUGUAAUGCUGACCAAUCUGACAGAGCUAGGGGUGAAAAAAUGUGACAAGUACUGGCCAGAUAAAGACGUAAGUUGCACUUACGGAGGUGUGAAAGUGACUGGUAAAUCUGAGGAAAUUUUUCCCUGUUUUACUGUCAGAAUAUUCUCAAUCGAGAAAUUUGAAAAGAGAAUACUUUAUCAGAUGCACUUUACUGCAUGGCCAGACAAAAGUACACCUAAAGAUGCACACACCAUUGUAGAGUUUUGGGAGAAAGUCACAAGAAUUCCUACGUUCGAGCUAGGGCCUAUAAUAGUACACUGCAGUGCCGGGGUUGGACGAACGGGUACAUUUAUUGCAUUGGACAUACUAGCGAAUGAGGGAGUUUCUGAGAGUACAGUGGAUCUAUUUGCAUGUGUCAGAAAUCUCAGAGAGGAUCGAGUUAGUUUAGUACAGACAGUGGAACAAUACAGAUUCCUUCACGAAGCUUUGGUACAGCUGCUUGAUUCUCACACAUCUGUGAAGGCUCUCCUUGCAAAUGAUGUAACCGUUCAGAAUGAUUCUGCCGACAAUAUAAGCAAGACUGCUGAAUAGACUUAGGAGUGACAAUUGUAACAAAUAUGUUGUACAAUUAGAUAAUUGUGUUUAUACCAAUAUAUGUGUAAAUAAUGAUGUUUACUAAUGUGAAUUAGGUUCUUUCCGUAUGUAAUAUAAGAGAGAAUAAUAAUUAUGUAAUAUUUGUACAAAAGUUACAUUACUGUCUUCUUUUGAUGAUUGCAAAAUUUAAAUUAUAUCCGUCAGUGUUACAUUCACAUGUAUAUAUACAGUAAGGUUAACCGCUUUUUACAAGAAAUUCCAUGCAUGGUUUCAACCAUUUAGACUAUUGUAUAUGAUAUUUGUUACUUAUUUUAUACAAAAUGCAUAUCGCUUUUUUAACAUUUAUGGCACAAUUCUUAUUAUGUUAAUUUUAUACUGCAAAUUUAUUUCAUUAUUAAUGUAAUUAU